AGAAGAAAGGAUUGAGUCUCCGCAAAUUUAUAUCUUUUUAUAAAAAUAAAACUAGUAGAUGGAUAUCUCCGUAAUUAUUAGUUCAUAGGAAAGUGCAGUGUUUUUUGGUGACUUGCAUAUACAUUACUAUCAUUCUGGAUUCCCAAAAGAGGACUUACCUAGACAUCUACAAGAUGGAUCUGGCGGAGACCAUGAAGAGUGUGCUCGCGAAGAGCACCGGCGGGUCGGGCAGCGGCGGCGGAGGCGCGGGCGCGGCGACGCACGCCGCCGAGGGCUACGUCACGGAGAAGCUGUACAUGCUGCUGCAGCUGUAUCUGCAGAACAAGGGCUGGAGCCCCAGCAUCGAGCUGCUGCAGUGCUUCAGUGACCUCAAGGACUCCUCCAUGCUGCCCAGUGCUGCAUAUCUUCAAAUGAUGGCAUCAAGAGUGGGGCUGGAUACCCAAGGCCGACUUAUUCUUAGAGAAAAUGGAAAAAUAAUUCUACCAUAUGAGCACUUUGCCAAUGCUGUUAUGCUGAAGCAUAUGAAUGGGCCUCAUGGCCUGCAUUUAGGUUUGGAAGCUACUGUCAGAGCAGUGGUAGAAUCAUACACAAUAGGCCGAGAGCAGUUUGGCAUGGAGAAGGAGUUCAUAGUGGAGGUGGUGCAAAACUGCCCGAACCCAGCGUGCCGCUACUACAAGAAUCAGCUGGAGAUGACUCAGAAGUCCAUACAGCAGCACCUCUCACAACAGCCUACGUAUAUUCCAGAGUCUGGCGCGGCGAACCUGGCGGACAGCCAGGCGGUGGAGCGACUGCUGCGCGGCUCGGCGCUGCAGGACUACCAGCUGCCGCUCGCGCCGCACCUCGCCGCCCUCAGUGAGUUGCUAUCGGGCCUAACGUCCGAAAAGUCCGACCGGCGCUCGCAGGCGCAAGACAAGCUCUCGCAACACCAACAGCAACUGCUGUUGCAACAUCAGUCCCGGUCCCUGCACCAGGACAAGUACAACCACCAGCGCUCUGGAUCUUCCUCUGACUCCAAGAAGCAUCACUACACUGAUGAGCACAAGCUCACUGACUUCCUCAGAGCGAACCUAGAAAGCCUAGAGUCUCUAUCGGGCGGCAGCGGCGCGACGAGUACGUCAGCUCCGAGCGGCGGGCAGGAGCGCGUGGUGCGCGCCUUCGCCGAGCUCGCGCGCAACCUGCAGCGCAUGCGGCCCUGCGUGCGUCCCGCCAUGUGCAAGCCCUACGGCAAGCAGUCCGAGCAGCUGCAGAAGAUUCUGCUGGACACGAUCCAGUUGGUGCAGUCGCUGCGCAGCUACCUGCCGCCGCCUCACAUCCAGGUCACCUCGUGGAAGAACGACGACAAACUACGUUCUAACAACAUGGAGGAGAUUGAAAAUCGCAAAAUAGUGAGCGGCAACUAACCCCAGAGAGUGUGCGGCUGAGCGCUUGCUCACUGUAGGUAGACUCGCAUUUCUGGGGGGUUACCAUGAGGUGCUAAAGACGUUCAGUUUAGGUUGAGAGAGAGGGACGGAGCUAUGUAACUGCUAUAGCUGUGUCCCUUUCUCUCAACCUAAACUGAACGUCUUUAGUACGUCAUGGUAACCCCCCUGUUCUCACUGACACUGCACCGGACUCUAUUGCAACGUCUAAAUCUAAAUAUCAAUGAAAUUAUGACCCAUAUAAAUUUUAGAGUAAAUUUUCAAAACUGCGCAAGUAUUGUCAAUAAGUUACUGAUGUAUUUGGCCAGUAUAUUCUCGAUUUUAUAAAGUUAAAAGCCAAAUUGGAUUGAUACUUUAAUUAUCAAGUUGGUAGCUAACUUGAAAAUCAAGUGCAGUCGCAAUUUUUAAAAUGUUUGUCCUGUCUAUUCUAUUGAACACUGUAUUGCAUCGCCUUGUCUCAUAUUAUGUGCAUAGGGCCCGGUUCACUCUUUAACGUCUUCAGUUGUUUAACACCCGACUAUAGAAGUCUCCGGAUAGUAAUGGAGUUGGUACUUUUGUAUGGCAUUUUAUAUUGGUGUACUGGAGCUUUCUAUAUUAGGGUGGCUUUCUUAAAAACCUAGUUUUUGGAUAUGUUGUAAAACAGCAGCGGGAAUGUUGUAAAAAUUAGAGUUAGUAUGAAUUAAAGAUAAAUCUAAUUGUCUUUAGUUGCUGAUCGAGCGAUCGCACAAUAUUAGAUAUCCAUGAAGUACAAGCUGAGAUGGAAAAAAAUAGGGACUCGAUCUUUGAAGUCUUCUUAUAAAGAAAGGACGCUUAACACGAGGAAUUUCGACUAUUUCGGUGCCUGUUUGUAUCUCUAUCGCUCGCGCGUUUUUAUAUAACGCCCUCGUCCAAGAUGACAGCGGUCAAUGACACUGGGAUCAGGAUAGCAAUAUACUACGUACGUGCGAUAGAGAUAAGACUAGCCGGGUCAACGUACGAAAUGAAAUAUCUUAUGGUAAGCGUUUUUUCUUUGCCUACAUAUAGCGUGUGUUCUUUAAAUGUGGCGUGCUCCAGAGGCCUGCUGUUGGGUGGUUGUAAUUGUUCUCAUUAUUUACGAAUAUUAUGCUUUACUUUUUUGAUUUUUAUACACUCCUCCUUACAAACCCUUUUGGUUUAAUGUUAUUGUAUACGUUUAAUAUCUUAGUAUUUAUUUACGUUUUUGUUAAAUUGCUUUACCUGUUAUUGUUCGUACAUCUUGUACUCGCUUUAUUGCUUUUAAUGUUGAGUUGAGAUCUUUUUGCAGUUAUUGGUCCUGUUUCGUCCUUCUUUAUUUGAAUGUAUUAUCGUAAGUGCAUUAUUUACACUGUGAUAGUGGUGUAAUAGGUAUAGGCCUGAGCGAAGUCUUGACAUGAUUAUAUAAGUCAGUUUCAUUAAUUUAAAGUUUGUGUAAUAAACUAAUAAUCUUGACGACCACAUGGAAUAAUUAGAUUUAUUUUCUUGGAUCAGCAAUUUCUUCUAUUUAAGGUUAUGCCAAUAUAUUAUGCGCUUUAUACUAAAUGAUUUGUAGUAUUUGUAGAAAAACCAAUUCAUUCAAUGUUAAGAGUAAGUAGUACUGGAAAGAAUAAUAAUUUUGAUCAGUGACUACGUUCAUUGCUUAUGAAUGAGUAAAACUAAAAAUAUUUUAUCUUUAUUUGAAUAGUUUGAAAACAUGUAUAAUUGUCAAGAGUUAGAAUUAAAUUGAAAGUAAAGUCGCCAAGUCUUGUCUAGUGUGAGAAGAGGUAUCUUAUCGAAGACUGCAUUUUUCAUGUCGUUAGCUAGCGUCGCUUGUGAAUAUAAGAUUAGGUUGGCUGCACACUCGCGAGAGAUCGCUUAACCUUUGUUGCUUAACCAACAUACCAAUCUUUCAUGCUCCGUAGCGUAAUCAUCUCUCUAUCAAUCCUCCAUAUGUGUGCGAAACAGUCAUUGGCAUGUGGCUCGCUAUGUAUCGUAAACGAUUGGUCAUCUUGGACAAGCAUGAUGAAUGUACUUAUUGGGCAGACAACAUUAGGAUUUAUUCCAUCAACUGUCGAGAGAUGGAGAAUAUCACCGUGAAAUUGUAAAUUUGGUGACAUAGAGAUGCAUAUAGUUUUCUAUCGCGUAUUUUCUCGGAAACGUUCGUAUUUGUCAUGCUAGUUCAGUCAACGUCAGUGAGACUUUCUGAAAUCGUAUGACAAAAUAUGAAAAAGAACAUUUUGCACUAAAUAUGUGCAGGUUGUGGAUAAGAGUUGUUCAAAGAGGUUAGUUGCUCGUAAGUGUGCAGUAGGGUUAGUACAAUAUGAUAAUAACGCAAGUUGCUAUUUACUUCCAAAACAUCACAUAUGUGAAAUGAACUACAUAAGUUUGCUAGUGCAAUAAUUAGGCAAAGCCUACCUUAAACUUAAAAUUUUGUAUCCUAGUACUGUACGUUUUUUAUAUUAGUGAAUAUAAUAUUUCAAUGCUGUUUGAAUUCGAAAAUGUAUAAUUUUUAUUUUGGACAGUAAUCUUUUAGUUACACUACAUCACACGUUUGACUAUUGUCAAUAUUUUUUGUAAGCAGUGAUCGGUAACAACCAUUUAAUUUCAUGGCAGCGUUGUUGAGUUGACGGAGUAUGUUUUCUUGAGGUGAAAUUAUUAAUUAAGGUUAUCUUAUCUUAUCUUAAAUCUGCGGGGGCCCUUACGGAUACACUUCGACCCAUCGGGAUCUUUUGUGCAAUUACCCCCUACGAUCCUAAGAUCCUUCAGCUAUUCAGGAGCUUCUCGACCUUAAUUAAUUAAGGUUAAUCUUUAUAUGAAUCUUAACUAACCAUCCGCGUCAACAUUUUACGUUUAUUUAUUUUGACGCGACUAAACUGUCAUGAAAUUAAAAGAUUGUACCGGCCACUAGUCAUAAGCAUCUCGUUUGACUGGCAAGAGGUUUUACAGCCCGUGGGUGCUGCGGGGUACUUUAUUAUUGUCGGACAUCGUUUUUGUGCAGUUUUAAUACUAUAAUUUGGUACUUUGUAUUGUUUGCACCAAAUCUUUUAUUGGCAUUAUGUGUAGUUAUUAUUUUAGCCAGUUAUUUUGUUCAGUCAGCAUCAGAUUGUAGCAAGUGUUAGACUAUUGGCGACACUAAACGUAUUACAAUCCUGAAUUUACCCCUUGUAUGUCUCUAUUGUUUUAAAUGCCAAGGUCACUUUUUCAAUGAUAAAAAUUGACAGGCGACAUACGAAGGGUUAACUAUGAAUCGCUUGUCUUUAUCUGUUAUUUUGACUUAUCUAUUUGUAAGAAAGGGAAAAAAGUCAUAAUUUAACUCAUUCAGGAUCCUAAAGUUCACUAAUAAGGGAGAUAUAUCACAAUACUUAUUAUGCGGUCUUUCGCUGGCUAGAAACUAUGCUGACUGACACUUAUUAUACUAGUUAUCUAGUAUAUAUGAGGCUAUUACGUUUGGGUCGGAUUGCUUUUCGUAUAAGUAUGUAGUAUUAAGUUUAUAAGACCGUUGUACACUCUUGCAAAGUAUUAAAAAUUCAAAAGAAUCUCACUCUGUAUUAGAAUUAAGAGUUCUAGUCAAAAAUGGACUUCAUUUUAUGAUAAUUUGGAUUUCUAUAACAAAAAUAACCAAUUAACUAACACCAUAGUGUUGGAUGAAUUUUUAGUAAUGAUUUAAUAAUCAAUUUAAUCCAGACUGAUAAAAAGUAUUUCUAAUGUGUCCUUUAAUAUUUGGCCGCUUAGUGUUUAUUCCGAUCUCAACAGUUAUUAUAUUUUUGGCCAUCUUAACAUUCAACACUAUGUAGCAGUGAGAAAUAUUUGGUUGCGAUGUAAAAGUAUAGAAACAAAUUGAACUGGUUUUAUUUUCGUAUACUUGUAUUAAGUCUUAAGUCUUAAAUAUAAAAUUGAAAUCAUAAAUAAAAGAAAAAUCAUAGAUAAAAGAAUAUUUUAGCAGAAAGUGAUUGUAUGUAAUUGUGUAUUUUUUGCAUGCGCCUUCUCUAUAAAAAUCGCCUUUGUUUCGGCUGUUCCGGUGGAAGGUCUAUUUUAUUGUAUUUUGGUUGAAGUUAAUGUAUCCAUUUUAUCUGAACGUGAUUGUAUUUAAACAAAUUAAUAUUUCUCUAUUUUAAUUGGCAUCUUGUUUCCUGUGAUAAAAUUUCGAUCAAAAUAAAAUUUUGACACCUACUUACAAUUGAAAUAAUCCUACUCGAAAAUAGAACAUGUAAGUAUUUCCUUACGGCCAAAGCAUUCUUCCAUGGAAAAAAUAAAUAUGAGGCCGUUUUUUAACAGAUUUCGUAAAAUAAUUAAUUUACAAGUUCUGUUAUCGAGUGAUGUAGUAGAGUAUUACUUAUUUUGGUUAAUUAAAUUAUUAAACAUUUUAUGUUUUAUUGAUGUAUCUAUAUUUGGCCUUGCCAUUUGUACCUUAUUAUUUGCCGACUUUAAAAUUAUUUUAUCUUGUAAAAGUGGUAAUAUAGUGGAUUGAGAAAUCAGUGCUUAGUAAUAAAUACAAUUAUUUGAUCAAA